UCCGAGCUGCGGCUGGGCCGGAAAUGUCGCAAAACCGGGAAGUGAGCGACGUUGGCUGAGGCCUGGGCUGGUUGUCAAGCGAUGGCUCCCGUCUCCCGCUCCCGGAGCCCGGCGGGGUCUCCGGUCUCCCGACGCGGACGCGGGGAUGAUGGCUCGAGCAGCCCUUCUCCGCCGAGGGCCAGCCGGAGCAGGAGGUCGCGGUCCCGCUCCAGGUCCCGGGAGCGCAACGGCUUCAGGCAGCGGCCUGGACCUCCGCACCACUUCGGCCACCGACACGGCCCGGAGCAUUACGGCAAGGAGCAGGAGGAGUCGCUGCGGCAGAGGAGACUGAAUGAGAGAGAAAGAAUAGGUGAACUUGGAGCACCUGAAAUUUGGGGACUCUCGCCAAAAGUUCCUGACCCAGAUUCUGAUGAACAUACCCCUGCAGAAGAUGAGGAUGGGACAUCUAAAAAGAGCAGCUCCUCUGAUUCCAGCUCUGAAGAGGAGGAGAAGAAAAAGAAGAAGAAGAAAAAGAAGAGGAAAGCUGUUUCACGUGAAGAGGGGAAAAAGAAAGCCAAAAAGAGGAAAAAGAAGCAUAGAAAAAAAAAGUCAAAGAAAAAGAAGAGUAAGAAGAGCAGGAAGGACUCUAGUGAUUCGAGUAGCGAAGAUUCUGAUGACGAAGGGCUUCAAGGAGGGGACCUCUGGAUCGAGAGAUCAAAAAAUACGGAUGCUGUGGAUUUCAUAGGGCCAGAAGCUCCCACAAGCCAUGCCUCUCAAGAUGACCGGCCUUUGAACUACGGACAUGCUUUGCUUCCUGGUGAAGGAGCUGCUAUGGCAGAAUACGUAAAAGCUGGAAAACGCAUCCCCCGCAGAGGUGAAAUCGGCCUGACGAGCGAAGAGAUUGCAUCGUUUGAGAAGUCUGGCUAUGUCAUGAGUGGCAGCAGGCAUCGACGAAUGGAAGCCGUGCGUCUGCGCAAAGAGAACCAGAUCUACAGCGCAGAUGAAAAGAGAGCCCUGGCGUCUUUCAACCAGGAGGAGCGGCGGAAGAGAGAGAACAAGAUCCUAGCGAGCUUCCGAGAGAUGGUCUACAGAAAAACCAAGGGCAAAGAUGACAAAUAAACUCCUGGUUGUUUGUAUAGCACAGAUUUGACCUGUUGCUGGCACCCACCCCUAUCCCAGCAACUUGCCAACUGCAGGACCUCGUGCGGCUUGAACUUGGGAAGCAGGUCAUCUGUCUCAAGUGACAGCCUUGGCAGGUUCAUUUGGACAGCCUGUCCAGUCGCUUGCAGGGCGUGGCCGUAACAGAUGCCCACAGGCCGAAAUGGGACAAGGGUCAGAACUGCGUAAGGCCUUCAGUCAAGCAACCUGUACCAAAAUGUGGUGAUGUGGUGCUGCCACCAGCUGGGGAUUUGUGGGGAGGGGGGCAUUUUUUAAUUUAAUUUUCUUUUAUUUUUAAUUCUCUGAGCUCACUCAAACAGUUAAGACCCAGGGACUUCCAAGACCGAACUUUGGGAUUUGAUUAAAGCUGGUUAAGAGAAUGUUGGGCUUGUAGUAUGGGCACAGACAGAUUGGAGUAAAAAUCUAUAUUUUAUUGGGCUGGAGAACAAAUAAAAGGUGAUCCAAAUAUGUUGUUUCCAAGCCCCUGUGGCCGCUGAAGCAGUUAACACCCCUAAUGCUGUGUAGUACUUCUGUGGGUAGAUCACUUACAAAGACAAUACCCCGCAUUAAGGUGUUACUGUGCAUUAUUUCGCAUUUCAUGUUUUUAAUAGAGCAAAGUGGCUUUUAUUAUAAUGUUUUGUGACUUAGACUCCGUGUAAAUAAAGCCGUCUCUUAGCACAGA